AUGGCCGCUCCUCCACCUCCCCCUCCCCCUCCACCACCGCGGCCCAACCCUGUCGCCGGCGGCGGCUCGCCCGCCACACCGCCCUCCUCCCAGACCCACCACCAGACCCUUCUCACCCUCUCUGCCUUCACGCGCGGGGCGCUCUUCGUGCCGGACCCGACGGCUUCCACCUCCGCGCCCAACCAGCCGCUCGUCUCCCCCCUCGUCGGAGUCUUCAUCAACCAGCACGUUCCCAUCGUGCUCACGCUCAACCCCCCAACUUCUCCCACUGGCGCACUCUCUUCGAGGUCACCGCGGCGCGACGGCAAGCCGUCGCCGUCUGGGAGUCCAUCUGCACUCUCUUCCUCGAGAACGCGGAUGUUUCUCUCCACCGAAUUUCGCCGCAUCGAGCAAGGUUCCUCGUCCAUCCUCUCCUUCUUUGCACGGCUCAAGGACUGCGCCGACCGCCUCGCCGAGCUCGGCGCGCCCGUCACCGAUCGCGAUUAG